AUGAGCUGGGACCCAGACACCAGCGUCAUACCGGGUGAGGAACGCGAUCAAGAAGAGCAGGCCAAGGCUUGGUAUGACGAACCCACCCGCGCUCGAAAUCGGUUACUCGAGGCCGAGAACUUGCGCCUCAAAAAGCUCUUGCGAGAGAACGGUAUCUCCUGGGAUCCUCGGUUGACUCUCGACCCGGACGAUCUGACCAGAGGCUCUUGGUCUUCUCCUAAGCGGUCUCGGACUCGCAAAUCCAAGGGUUCGAUGUCACUUUCGCCGCAAAAUUCACAUCUGCCCAUGCUUCCCGUGGAGAUCCAGCUCUACAUCUUGGAGUACGCUUUAACAAGCAAGACGCCGAUUAUCGACCCUCUGUCCAAGUCGAACCGAGACACCCUGUCAGCCGCCGAAAGAACGGCCGAUAACCAGAUUGCGAUUGGCUUCCUGGCGACCUGUAAAGCCUACCUGAUCGAGGGCACUCGCUUUCUCUGGAACAAUAACACGUUCAUCUUCACGAGCCAUGUAGCUUUGCGCAACUUCGCCAACUUGAGCCUUGAACACCGCAAAGGUAUCAAGUACGCCACUUUCCGCAUCAUCGCUCGCUAUUACGAUGACGAAGAGCGAAAACAUCUCGCCCCCUACCCUUCUACGGCCGACACAUACGCCAAAACGAUCAAUCUGAAGACAACCCUACGAAUCAAGGAGGAGAAUCUCGCCCGCAAGGGGUUUCGCAGCUACACGUGGGAGCAAGUCGUAGACUUUCUCGACGCGAUGCGGCCACCUUUUGACCCCCAUCAUCCCAAAGGGCAACCGCGCCCUCGCCUCUUGCCUGGUUUAGAGACGUUGAGGAUGGAUUUUGUCAACUUUCCCGAUAGCUUUCUCAGCCCAGGCUCAGGAUCCUUCCUUCACAGCUUUGCAUCGCACGAUCUGGGCUGCACACUAAACGAACUGCAACUGACCGGUCUCCCGGCCUGCGAUCUCGGCGAUGAGCUGGUGUCCGAAUUAUCUGGGAUGGUUAAAGAUGAGGGCCUCGUUCUCAAAUCAGACGCCACUUACGUCUACUCUGGGAAUCAACUCCGCCAGAUAGAAAAACCCCCGAAAGGCCAGAGGCUAAACCGCUGGAGCUGGAUGACAUCUUGGGAUCCCAAGGUAGUUCGCUCGUGGAAGGCUCUUGCAGACGAGUAUGCGCGCAGUAAAAACAAGCCGGCAGCUCCACAGCCCUCUCAUGCCCACCACCGCCAUAGCCACGCCGGACACCACAGAAUGCCACCGGCCCCCAAGGAGGAGGGACACCCGGAAUCUCCCUGGAAGGAACGCCGGACACUAUUUAAGCGGGUACCUCGCCAUAAGCACAGCGGGGAGCGCAUUUGGGUCGAGUUCGACCGGCUCACUGGCCUUGAAAUCGACCCUCUAGAUUACGAUGAAGAAGAUGACGAAUACGACAUAUCCGACCUCGUCUGUCCCCAUUGUGAUGUCAUGCACCCCCCUUCAGGCGAGCAUUGA